AUGGUAGUGAAAAGCCUUGAAUGUCUUAUGGAGGCUUCCCGUAACAUUACCAACACUUUUGUGACCACCUUGCUGUCCUACACAUUCACUCUUGCUGGAGAUGAACAGAUGAGACAGAACCUCCUCUCCAACCUGGACCAGCAGGCCAAGAGAGAAGGUGUUGGACGAUACUGGACUCUGGAUAAUAGUGUGCAACCAUGGGGCUCUGUGGAGGUAGAGAUGAGUGCCUAUGUGUUGCUGGCGCUGCUCUCAGGACCCACACUCCCUGGAUUUGGACUGAACUACUCUGCUGGCAUAGUGCACUGGUUAACCAAGAAGCAGAACGCGUAUGGAGGCUUCUCCUCUACACAGGAUACUGUUGUGGCACUCCAGGCCCUCGCUAAGUACAGUGCUGCCACUUACAAUCCAGAAGGAUCCAUUACCGUAACCGUGACCUCCCCCUCAGGCCAGAGGAACCAGUUCACUGUGAACCGGAACAACCGGCUGCUUUACCAGGAGAAACAGCUGCAGGAAGCUACUGGCACAUACAAGCUGAGGGCAGAAGGCAAAGGCUGUGUGUUUGUGCAGUUUGCCUUGCACUACAAUAUCCCACCUCCUCCAGACUCUUUGGCCUUCAAAAUCGGUGCAAAUUCUGGGGUUUGCAACAACACAAAGAACACAGCUUUUACACUAACCACUACUUUAAGGUAUAGUGGCACACGAGCGGAGACCAACAUGGUGAUCAUUAACGUUAGGCUGCUGUCGGGGUUUAAGCCAGAUGAGACGUCUCUGCAGGCUCUGAGGGAAGACCCCACAAUCAAGUGUCUGGAUCUGGAUGAGGAUCAUGUCAUUUUCUAUUUGGAUAGUAAUCAGUUUGGAGAAAUUUAG